GUUUGUUUUGCAGUACAGAUUUGUUCACGAUUUGUUAUUGAGUUGUACAAUAACAAAAUUAUGUUAUCUUUUAUAACUUAUUUAAUUGUUUCAAGCUCUUGGGAGAGGUGGCUACCAAAGGCAAAUUAACACUCAAAAGACUGUAAAAUAAAAAUUGAAACCUUGCUACUAUUCCUGAAGUGAACCAUUUCUCAAUAUGGAUCAUCCUCUUUUAAUGAAACUAGCGUCUCUCAGUGUUAUUUCACAAUGCAAACUUCAGAGUAUUCUGGCGUUGUGUGGAGAUAAAAAAGAUUUGAUAAUAGAUACCUCAUUAAUAAAGCCUCUUGAGAGAAUUUGUGGUGUGUCUUGGUUAAGACAACAUGGAAUUGAUAAAAUUUAUAAAAUGGAUCCACAAUUGAGUACAACAGCAAAUGUAAACAGAGUCUACUUUAUACCAGCAUGCAUACAAAAGUAUAGGUGUAUCCUGGACCAGAUAUCUUCCAUGUUGAGCUUAAAUUCUUCCUUAGCUGAUCUGAAAUGUUUUCAUAUAAUAAUUACCCCUAAAGUUCUCAAUUCUUAUGAGAGCAUUUUGGAGAGUAGAGGAUUAUAUGACAUUGUAAAAUUACAUUCUUUUGCUUGGGAGUUGAUGGCGUUGGAUGAGCAGUUACUUAGUCUUGAACUACCAUUUCUGUAUAAACAACUGUUUGUAGAACAAAACCAAUCACUGUUGUCGAGUGUGGCUAUGUCACUGUGGAGUUUGUUUCAUGUUACCGGUAAACCAAAUGCUAUGUUUUCUGUGGGAAAGUUGUCCGCCAGUGUUUUAGACAUGCUAGAAGUCUACAAUGAAACUUACAAUAGAGAUUCUUUUGGUUCUAAUGCCAAUUAUGAGAUAGGUGCUUUGAUAUUAAUAGAUAGAAAUCAAGAUUAUCCAGCUAGCCUUCUCACCCCAGCCACAUAUAGUGGUUUACUUAGUGAAAUAUUUGAUAUCAAUUGUGGCCAUUUGGACUUGAAUGUCAAAGAGACUAAAUAUAAAAAAGGAAAGUUGGACUUCGGGUUGGAAGAGAAAAAAGCAGUGGAGAAAAAUACAGUCAUGACUUUAGAUAGCUCUAUAGAUAACUUAUAUGGUGAAAUUAAACACAGACACUUCUCUGAAGUACUUAGUGUGUUAAGUUCCAAAGCAAAAUUGUUGAAAAAUGAGGAUAUUAAAGCAUUGGGCAUUCAAGAGAUGAAGCAUUAUGUGGCUACAAAGUUGCAGCAAGUUACAAUUUACAAGCAGAAUCUAGUCAACCAUGUGCUGGCUUGCGAAACAAUAAUAUCAGAGAUGAGAAAUAAAUUUGAAAACUUGAUGUCAACUGAAAAUGAUAUGUUGAACAAUCGCAAUAAGAAAUCUAAUUUUAAUUUUGUGGAUGAAUACUUUGGUACUAAUAUUCACAUUUAUAACAGCUUACGUCUCAUGUGCUUACUUAGUUUGACACAAGGGUUAUCUUAUGAAGAAUAUAAUACUUUAGUUAGCAAAUAUUUAUUAGCCUUUGGUUAUAAAUUUUUGUAUGUAUUCAAUAAUUUAGUUAAUGCAGGUUUAUUAAUUCAGCCAUCCAGUGUGAAGUUGUCUUUAAAUAUAUCUACUUUGGGGAAUUUGAGUGACAGAUUGCCAAAGUGGCAGAGUGGGUUUCAGGCCACUGCAAAUAAAUUGAAACAGUUGCCAUCACAGCCUGAAAAAAAUGUGCUGUUAAAACUUAGCGCUUUGAAUGAUUUUAAAAUAGGUGGUAGUAUAGCUGGUAUAUUAAAGGAUGGAAUGGAAACCCUGAAUGAAAAGUUAUCAAAUAUGAAACUUCAGAGUGAUUUAGAGUUUGGUUGCAAAGAUGCUAAAAGCUUAGCAAAAGUUGUUAAGAGUGAUCCCAAUUUCGGGAAGGUUUUUCCAAUUAAACCUAAAAGUAUUUUGGUGUAUGUAGUAGGGGGUGUGAAUUAUGCUGAAAUUGCAGCUUGUGAUGUCAUUCAGAAGACUACAGGCAGCAAAAUUUACAUUGCCAGUGAUUGUGUUAUGAAUGGAGGAGAUCUCAUAUUUGCUAAUACCUGA